AUGCAUGUAUUACACCACAAAUACAAUUCAUUAACAUUUAUUGUUUCAAAGAAUCUUCAAACUCCUAAUUCUAUUUCUAUUCCAAAUUUUCUCCAAGGACAAAUUCCAACUCUACCAUCUUCAUUGAAAUGGUGCCUCCUUUCAGAGAACAACUUAGUUGGAGAAAUCCCUUCCUCAAUAUGCAAUUUGAGUUCCCUUAUAAUUCUCUCUUUAUAUAAGAAUAGUUUCCGUGGAAGAAUUCCGGAGUGCAUUGGAGAUUGGAGUUCUUUUUUGAAUAAUUAUGUUCAUGGUAAAAUACCAAAAGGUUUUGCUCAAGGUUGCACGUUACAAAAUUUUCAAGUCAACAACAACCAAUUAGAAGGGUCACUACCACGAUCUUUGGCUAAUUGCAAAGAUUUGAAAUUUAUCGACGUUGAGAAUAACUAUUUAAAUGAUACUUUUCCGGACUGGUUAGGAAAUUUGGAUCAUCUACAAGUUCUUAUCUUGAGAUCGAAUAGAUUUUAUGGCCAAGUGGUUAACUCUAAUGUUAUUGUUUCCUUCCCUCGUCUGCAUGUCAUUGAUCUUUCUCACAAUAAUCUCAGUGGCUACUUACCUAUCAAGUUUUUUGAGAAUCUGCAUGCCAUUAGAAAAGGGAAUGAAAAGAAAGGUAAACCGGAGUACAUGAUGAAUUCACCAGUUAAUUGGACGCGGUAUUCUUAUGUGAGAGGUUUAUCUUUCAUGGCAAAAGGGUCAGAAAUGGAGUUUGAAUCACUAUUAACCAGCUGGAUGGUAAUUGACUUUUCGAAUAAUAAAUUCUUGGGAGAAAUUCCUAAAACACUUGGUGAACUUCAUUCACUUAUUGUCCUGAAUCUCUCUCAUAAUAGCUUAACAGGUCCUAUCCCAUCAUCAUUAGGUGAUUUGUUAGAGCUUGAAUCAUUAGAUCUCUCAUCAAACAAGCUCCAAGGAAGAAUUCCUACGGAAUUAACAAAUCUUGGAUUCUUAGCGGUGUUAAACCUUUCUCAAAAUAAUUUAACAGGACCCAUUCCUCAAGGAAAACAAUUUAACACUUUCAACAAUGAUUCCUACAUAGGAAACUUUGGUUUAUGCGGGUUGCCGUUAUCAAAUAGAUGUGAUAAUGAUGAGAAAACUCCAGGCAAAUUUGAUGGCGAUGAUGAUGAAGAAUUGGAUUGGAGAUAUUCUAUAUUGAUGGGAUACGGAUGUGGGUUGGUGCUGGGAGUGAGCUUGGGAUACAUUGUACUCAUAACUGGAAAACCAUGGUGGUUGGUUAAGAUCAUCGAGAGAGUUCAACAAAGAUUUACAAAAAGGUAGAGAAGCGAACUCUUUAGCGGCUUUUUACUUUUCUUUUACAAAAUAAGUUGCGGACAGAGUAGAAAACUUCAUUGUUUGGUGGUAUGCAAGCCUUUCUGUAUAGUUGUUUUAUAAUUGUGUUCACCUUAUGCUUUAUUGUAUGUUGUGUUUUUUGUAAUAUGUUUUCCUGGUGUUUCCGGUGAUGCACUAGAUUAUAAA